CAGCACCUUGUCGUGGCGCGCGAGCUGAGUAAUUUCUUUAUUCAGCGGAAGUAAAGUUGAAUUGUUCUAAAAAAAUCCAAAUUUAAACAAAAGAUCAAUAUUUUUACACGUAUCAAGAUAUAGACGUGUGGAAGAAAGCUCGGGUAUUCACUUGAAUAAAGAGAAAGUAAAAUAAACGGUUGAGUAUAGUGGUUUAUUGUACUAGAUUGAUUGAAAAUAGUUGGUCAUAAAGCAAAUUUGGUAAAAAUGGCAUCGAGAUUCAGUGGAGCAUUACAGAUUACCAAUUUGGAUGACUUUAUCACUCCAUCGCAGGAAUGCAUUAAGCCAAUAGAAAUGAAGUCAAGCGGAAGUAAAACUGGUUCUAAAAUAAAGAUACAAUCAGACAAUGCAUAUUCAGCAAUCAGUGAAAUUGGACAGCCUGAGAAGUUGCAAAAGGUCGAGAUCACACUUGCAGACUGUCUAGCAUGCAGUGGUUGCAUUACAUCUGCUGAGAGUGUGCUAGUUACUCAACAAAGUCGAGAGGAACUACUCAGAGUAUUUCAAGAAAAAGUAGCCCAACAGAAUGUUGGAAAUACAGAUUCAAAAUAUAUAGUAGUAAGCUUAUCAGUGCAACCUGUAUUAUCAUUGGCGCAACGUUAUGAACUUACACCAGAACAAGCUCUCUGUAAACUGGCAGGUUUUUUUUAUCGAUUGGGAGCUGAUACGGUAUUAGACAUGACCAUGGCCGAUGAUUUUGCUUUAUUAGAAGCAGCCAAAGAAUUUGUCGAGCGUUAUAAAGCCAAUAAGGAGGGGGCGAAAGAUCAAUUACCAAUGUUAUCAUCUUCUUGUCCAGGUUGGGUAUGUUACGCUGAGAAAACUCAUGGAAAUUUUAUAUUGCCAUACAUAAGCAUCACAAAAUCACCUCAACAAAUUAUGGGAUCUUUAGUAAAGUAUCACUUAGCCGAGAUUAUGGGUCUUUCGCCAGAACAAGUGUAUCAUGUGACUGUAAUGCCUUGUUAUGAUAAGAAGUUGGAAGCUUCUAGAGAAGACUUUUAUAAUCAGCAAAAGGAGACGAGGGACGUAGAUUGUGUUAUAACAUCAAUUGAACUGGAACAGAUGCUCAAUGAAGAUGGUUUAAUAUUAAAUGAGAUAGAUGAAGGUGAAAUCAAACAACCAUUCGGUUCCUAUGGGAAAGAAAUUGAGAAUAGAUUGUGGGGUCACAGUGGAUCGGGGUCAGGUGGUUACGCAGACUUCAUUUUUCGUUAUGCAGCGAAGAAUCUUUUCGACGAGGAAAGUGUCACGGUGGAUUUCAAAAAUCUUAGAAAUCCCGAUUUCCAAGAAGCGGAGUUGAAGAGAAACGAUCAAGUGCUGUUGAAAUUCGCCAUUAUCAAUGGGUUUAGGAAUAUCCAAAAUAUAGUUCAAAAAAUGAAAAGACGUAAAUGCGUUUACGACUAUGUGGAAAUUAUGGCAUGCCCGUGUGGUUGCUUAAACGGUGGAGCCCAAGUAAGACCCGAAGGAAACGUGCAACCUCGAGAACUCGCAUCGACGUUAGAAAAUAUGUACCAUAAACUUCCAUCGAGUAAUCCCGAGGAAAAUAAAGUGAUACGGAACUUGUACAAAACUUGGCUAGGAGGAGAACAUACGGACAAAGUUAGCGCGUAUUUCAGUACGCAGUAUCACGAAAUACAAAAGAUGAAUACAGCGCUCGCGAUAAAAUGGUAAUACGCAAUAAUGACAUUAUAGAUAUCGUUAUCAUUUAUAUGGGAUGUACAUACAUUAGGUAUAGUGAAUCGUUCUUUUUAUUCUUGUGGCUGUACAAUAACAAAAAUAAAUAAAUUAUUGCUAAUUAUA